AUUAGCAAGCGGAACACACGCUCACCGCUACAAGAGUUAGUUCUCUCGAUUCUAACCAGACAGCCAGCCGUCCGUUAGUUAGUCAGUCAGUUAAGUCCUACAGGUCCACACUCUCGAUACGGAGAGCGCGCCGAGAGUGCUGGUAGUACCGCAGUUUUAUCUCUAAUGAAUAUCGAAAGGUUUUUCUGACGCCCUUUGCCUUCAUGGGCUUCGUGAUCGGCAAUUUGAACGCUGAUGAGUUUUAACGAUUUGAAUAACAUCUGUUUGAUUGAUUGAUUGACACUGAUGCACAGGUAAUUGCAGUGAUUUAUCAUACAGCCGACCGAUAUGGCUACCACCAUGACGGACACAUUCACCCGACACUUGAUCAUAGUCCUGGUCAUCUCUUCCGUGAUGAUCCUUCAAAAUUCGCCCGUCAACAGCUUUCCACUACCGGACGCGCCCUUCGCAUCGUCAAAUGUUACUCCUUUAUUAUCGACGGACGCCGCCCAGAAGAGAGAGGACGACGGUCUUGUGUUGUUGGUGAAGGAUCAGUCGUCGGCAGCAAUCGCCCAGCAACCUGUUCCACCAGCCCAACCUUCUGAAAGCCCUUCUAAGCAUGUUCGAAUUCUUCAGCCAGUUGAUACGGUGUUGGAGAACGAGAUAUGGCAAUAUCGCUACCCGCCGUUCGACAACUUGUUCGCCCCAAAGGAGAAGGGGAAAUCGGAGGAGGCCGACGACAACGAAGCCGCGUUUAGUGGAAGAUCCACACGAUUGAGCACCGACGCUCUGCCCAGCUAUGUCAUUGGAAUAUUAGAUCCGGCCGAACUGGUCGACGGGCUCUUUCAACAACGCCCAUUCCCGUUCGGAUCGAAUCGGAAUAACCAACCCAACUUCAACAAGCGGAAUUCCGUGUCCAAUUCAGAGUCCGACGAUCAGUUCACUCGAGCGAGCAAGAGCGUCUCGGAGCAACAGAGAAAGAUCUUUGGCGUACCCAGAAUCGUCCUCGAUUCAGACGACGAUCGUUGGGUGUGGCAAAGUUAAUUUCUAAUUCUAAAAGCCUUCUGAAACUCACAUUGCAUCUCAGAUGGAGGCCAUCACCAGGCUGUAAUCCUUUCACAUUCUAUAUCAAAUUCCGUCAUCCGAUUUUAAUAUUAUAAAAUUUAAAGAGGUUGUUUUCUUUUGAUUGUUUCUUUCUCCCAACGCCCCCUCGCCCUUUGUCUUUAUCCGUUCAAGCAAUAAAAAUCCCUUUUCUACGUAA